CUCUGCUGGGUCUCUCCCUGCGCUCUGGGGCCCGCCCGCGGGGCCGGCCGCCUGUCAGAGGGAGGUGGCGAUGGUGCGCACCGUGGCGGCGACGGCCCUCGAUCGGAUGGAAGAGAAGCGAAGAUGACUGCCCCAACCGACUGGCUGAAUGAAUGAAUGGCGAAGCCGAGCGCGCCAUGAGGAGUCUGCCGAGCCUGGGCGGCCUCGCCCUGUUGUGCUGCGCCGCCGCCGCCGCCGCGGCAGCCUCGGCGGGGAAUGUCACCGGUGGCGGCGGGGCCGAGGGGCAGGUGGACGCGUCGCCCGGCCCAGGGCUGCGGGGCGAGCCCCGCUAUCCCUUCCCUGAGGCGACGUUUCCCACGUCCCAGGCCCCGAGAACCGGAACCCCGCGCCCUGCUGCCCGCCGACCCCCGGCCGCGACCUCUCCAGCCCGGCCCCCGGAGACCACCCCUCUUCGGGCGGCGACUGGACCCGCGCUGACCACCUUCCAAGCGACCACCUCUCCAGAGAAGGAUCUCACGCCCACCACAUCUCGCGCACCGACCAGUCCCUCGCCGACCACCCUUUUGACGACCACUGGCCCAGCGCCGACCACCCCGGUAGCGACCACUGUCCUGGCGCCGAACGCUCCCAGGACCCCGACCCCCAGCCUCCCCAGCAGCAGCAGCAGCAACAGCAGCACCAGCAGCAGCAGCAGCAACAGCAGCAGCAGCAACAACAACAACAACAACAACGGUAACAGCAGCAGCAACAGCAGCAGCCUCCUGCCUACCCCACCUGUCACCGAGGUCCCUUCUCUUUCGCCCCCAGAGUAUAUAUGUAACUGCUCUGAGGUUGGAAGCCUGGAUGGGAAGCACUGCAACCAAACCACAGGGCAGUGUGAGUGUCAGCAAGGUUAUCAGGGCCUGCACUGUGAAUCUUGCGAGGAGGGCUUUCACCUGAAUCACACUUCUGGGCUCUGCCUGCCAUGUAACUGUAGUCCACAGGGAGCCCUCAGUAAACUCUGCAACAGUUCUGGGAAUUGCCAGUGCAGAGUGGGUGUCACAGGCUCUACGUGUAAUCAAUGCCAAGAUGGAUAUUAUGGCUUUAGUAAGAAUGGUUGCUUGCCCUGCCAGUGCAAUAAUCGGUCUGCCAGCUGUGAUGUUCUCACAGGUGUUUGUUUAAACUGCCAGGAAAAUAGCAAAGGGGAUCACUGUGAAGAAUGUGAAGAAGGAUUUUAUCAAAGUCCUUAUGCCAGUAAAGAAUGUCUUCGCUGUCCUUGUUCAGCAGUGACAUCUACAGGCAAUUGCAUCAUAGAAUUGGAUGAAUUGGAACCUAGGUGUGUCCAGUGUAAAGAUGGUUAUACAGGCCAGAACUGCAAUAAAUGUGAAAAUGGCUAUUACAAUUCUGACAGCAUCUGUAUACCAUGCCAAUGUCAUGGCCAUGUGGACCCAAAUAAAACUCCAAAGAUUUGUAAGCCUGAGAGUGGUGAGUGCAUCAAUUGCCUCCAUAACACCACUGGGUUUUGGUGUGAGAACUGCCUAGAAGGUUAUGUUCAAGACCUCGAGAGAAAUUGCAUCAAGAAAGAAGUUAUUGUUCCAACACCUGAAGGUUCUACCAUUUUGGUUUCCAAUGCCUCUUUGACCACAUCAGUGUCCACCCCUGUUAUAAAUAAUACAUUUACCCCCACAACCCUGCAGACUAUCUUUUCAGUAAGCACUUCUGAAAACAGCACGUCAGCUUUAGCUGAUGUGUCAUGGACUCAAUUUAACAUCAUCAUUUUGACAGUCAUUAUCAUUGUGGUCGUACUGUUAAUGGGAUUUGUGGGAGCUGUAUAUAUGUACCGUGAGUAUCAAAACCGGAAACUCAAUGCCCCUUUUUGGACCAUCGAGCUAAAAGAAGACAAUAUCAGUUUCAGCAGCUAUCAUGACAGCAUUCCCAAUGCCGAUGUGUCAGGAUUAUUGGAAGAUGACGGUAAUGAAGUGGCUCCCAAUGGGCAACUGACCCUGACGACACCCAUACAUAACUACAAAGCCUAAGGAGCUAGAACUGUUCUCCUGGAUUGUUAAGCCACAGUGCUUUUCAUGACAGAUUUGGCCCCUGAGCCAGACAAAGCCUGUGUACAGUUCACUGAGAAAGCAAAAGCAAAAAUAGUACCUGAAAUUUUCAGGUACAAAUUCGUAAUGUGCUUAGCCUAUCUGAUGCUCUUAGUUUUCCCAUGAAGAUCAGAAGUAUUCACUGUUGUUAAGGACUUGAAGUAAAGUAUAUUUUUGUACCAAAAUGUGGAGUAUGGAAAGGCCGAACUCCAUAGUGCUGCCCAAAUCAACUUUGACCUCCGAACAGACUAUUGGAGAGUGUUCAUCUCACCAGUGGUACCAAGAUGAUGGAUGUGGAAGGCAAAGGACUGCUGGAAGACCAUCUCCAUUCCUGAAACACAUUCUUUUUGAAGAGGGUCAGGGAUUAUAUUCACUUUACUGUACUAAAAUGUAUACAUUAUUAAGAAAAAGCUGAUAUCUAGGCUAUAUCAUAAUAAACAAUCUUGAUUAUUUCUGGAAUAAGUGCAGAACAGUCCCAAGAAGACUUAGAAAGCUUGAUCUUUCCUCCUAGAAUUCUUGCUCAGAGACAGAAUUAAAGCAUAGAAUAAACUCACAGUCGAGAGCAGAAGGCAGCACUGGGGGAGCAGGAAGCUGAAGGUCCUCCUCAGGGGCUCAGUGUAAAUGAUAAAUUGUCUAAAAAUAAGGAGCAUUUCUGCCUCUAAAGAAAUAAGAUGUACAUAGUUAAUGUAGCAUAUCUGGUCAACAUUGUAUCUGUAAUCUAUUUGUAAAAAAACUUGUCAUAUUUUAUCAUCUAGAAUUUAUUUGUACAGCAGUUAAUGGUGUAAAAAGAAAAUAUGGAGAUUGGUUAAAAUACUGUAAAACAGAUGGCAAUAUUGCUAGAGCUGGGACUCUGGUGAGCAUCCAUCAUUUUUAGUCCCUCUUUGGACACUGUUAAAAUUUGUAAGUGGUUGAAUAUUUCUAAUCCUUUCUCAAUGUAAAAGUAGAGGUAUGUGCUCUUUGAUUUACUGUAGAUUCAAGCAAUAGAUUUUGAAGUCAGUAAUUGUUAAGCUGGGGCACAGGCUGCAUUCUCUAAAAUACUCAUCUAAUUAAAUAUUGGCCACUCUAUAUAUUUUACAUAGAUUAAUAUGAAACAUAUCCUUGUUAAAAUAUUUUUUCUUGAAUGUAAAAGAUAGUCUUCCAAAGGAUAGAAAUCUUUGAGCUCCAAAAGAAAAGCCAUCAUACCACUUGGGACAUCUAAUUUUCAUACCUGUGAAAUGUUUAUGUCUUUGCCACCUCUGUUCCGAAACAGGAACCCUCCUACAUUUGAUCAUAGUCUAUCACUUAUUUGCCGCGAGGUCUGUUCUGUCUCUCUGCAGUGCUAUCGCUCUCCUGUUGGCUUCUUUCUUGCAGUAGCUUUGUAGCUGAGGACCUAUAGUUGCUUCAUGGUUUUACUUUCAGUCUCUCCUUAAAAAUCAAGCAUUCUUGCUCUCAUCUAUUAUAUUGAGAGAACUGUGGAUUAAGCAAGCCAAGAAAGGUGGCCAGAAGUCCAUAAUAGAUUAUUUAUUAGGAGGAAUAACAAAUUUAAGUGGUUAGAAAAAAAUGAAAACUUCUUCCUGGAUUAGACCUAGAAAUCCAAGUUGACCCCUUGGUCUAACUUCCUCAGAGAAAAGCCUAAACUUUCUCGUCCUUUGUAGGAGACCCUUAAAUUGCUCUCAGGGUUUGGAUGCUGUUCUAGAGAAUAUAUAGGCAGAUAAUUUAUUUCUGGUAACCUGAGGGUCCGGGUCAUUGCUCACAAGUGUAGACGUUAUGUUAUAUUAAAAUUAUUAGCACUUCUAUCGCCUUUCGUAGUUUAUAAGUCAGUGUUCAGAAUGUAUGUUCUUUGUUCCACAUCAUAGACCCCUGAGGAAGUAAUUGUUCUACCAUAUUAUAGAUGAGAAGACUGAGGCACAGAGGUCUAAAUAUAUUACUCAUGGCCGCAUGAUGUGUGUCGUAUAGGUUCAGAAUCGGUACUCCCGACUCUGUACCACAUGAUCUUUUAACUAUAUAUCUAGUGCAAAAUUUGCCUAUAUAUGAGCACAAAUAGGAGGAGUAGUCCCCAUCUGUGGAAGUUUUUUUGUCACUCCAACAUAUAAUUCAGGGCCAGAUAUCUACGAAGAAUUUUGUGGAAAGAACACAGGAGAUUUAGUACCUAAAGCUAGUAUUCAUGACAAGAAAACAAAUCUGCCAGCUUGGGUUUCCUUCAAGGGAACUAAUUUCUUUAGGGGGGAAAACUUUUCUUUCCUUAGCAAUUGCUACAUAGCUAAGUAUAAACUGUGCACUGCAAAAUUCCAGGGGAUUGUGAAAAGUGCAUACCUGCCUUUCUCCCUGAAAAAUCAGGAUUGAAUUGAGGCUGAUAAGGAAUGAAUGUUUGUUAGACAGAAGUUAACCCAGUGAAGAAAAGUAUUGGAGUUUUAAGAGCCAAAGUCAAAUAGCAUUCUCGCUAUGUAGAGAUUCCUUGAAAUUAGACCUUUAAAGAAAUUGCAAAAAAAAUUGAACCACAAAGACUGUAUUUACCUUUACACAUUAUUUAACAGUUCCCACCUCAUGGUCUUAAUUUUUUAUAAUGGAAGAAAAAUUAAAGGCUUAAAACUUGUUUUGAAUGAUAUUCUUUAACAAGGUAGGGUUUUUCUUGUGGGAAUUAUUUUGCUUUAAAAUGGAAAUCAAUUAUAAAUUUAUGUACCACUGAAAUCAGACUAGAAAAACAGGUGUGAAAGAUGCUGCACAAUAUUUAUUCUUCUAAAAUUCACAUGAACUAUGGUGUCCAAUAAUAGGAUCCUAUCACCUGGUAUAGAAAUCCUAGUAUUAGAAGAAUUUCUGUCUAAGGAUUAGAAAUGUAUUGUUUUAAAAAAAAAGGCCAAUGUGAAUCUUUAUUGAAGAAUAAAACACAGUACUACUAUCAGUAAUACUUCUAUCUUCAUUAACUUGUUUGAGUAAGCCCUUAGGCAUUUGUGAAAGUUAGAUGCUUAGGAAGUGUUGUUCGGUAUGUCUUUGCCUUCCUUACCUCCUCCUCCGUUUAUCCACUCUACCUCUAGGGCUUUGUUAUUAUGGAAUUCCUCCAACUUUAGAGAACAAAAUGAUAAUAGAAACUCCUAUGGACCUAGUGUAUAAUUUUCUCCCAGGAUACCCAGAUACUGAGAGAGGAGAACAGAUCAGACAUGGAAUGGGAAAAAAAGAUUUUUUUUUACAGUAUUUGUGUAAGUGUCAGUUUUCCUAGAGUAAUUAACCAUUAAAAACAAUACUCACUGACCUACUAGUUUAUUUUUGUCAGCUGAAUGCCUGUAAGACAUUAGCCUUUCUUGUGUUGUUUUGGAAGCAGGGAGCUUAAGCAAUGGACUUCCCUUGGCAGGCUUAAUUGAAACUGGGUUAUCAGAUCAUUUCCCAUUGGUCCCAUUCUUUUUAUAGGAUACCUGGUGAGCAUAAUACCACUUACACUGACUAUUCCCUGGUUCUUAUAUUUUGAGGUAUGUGAGGAGGGGUUCAAUUUCUGCAUCUCAGUAAAACGUCUCUGACAGAAUGCUCAGAGAAGAAAAAAGUAACACAGUAUAACCUAUUAGAGCAAAGAAAGUCUUUCUGGCUUCAGUCACAAAGAAUCUUUGAUCUCUCGUGAUCUUGUUAGUAGGGAAUUUGGAAGUUAAAAUGGGUUUGGUGUAUGUGUGCGGGGGUAAUAGAAGGUUAAUUCAUUUUUCUCUUUAUCCCUGAGCCAGUGAUUGUGACAUGGAAAGCAGGAAGAACACACUGAUUCAUCUGGAGAGGUCAUAUAAUACAAAGUGGAUUAAAAGUUAUGAAUCAUUAGAACUUCAGUGGUUGAAUGAUGCCUUUUCCAAGGCAGUUGAGAAUCUUAUUAUUUAUGCAUAGGCAAUAACUACAUCAGCAGCCAUAGAAUGUGAGCCCAGGGCUUCAGAUUUGUUAGUUCAAAGACUAACUGAUUUUAAGUGAAGUGUUAAUGCUAGGCACAAGCACUCUGUAGUAAGUUAAAUUUCAGCACAAGCACUCUGUAUUAAGUUAAAUUUCAGCCCAAGCAAUUAAGAAUAUGUUUUUGAAACAUUAAACUUGUAUUUAUAUCACUAAAAUCCUAACACAAAUUUUAAAAACAUGUCUCAUACCUAUGCUGUACUAGGCUUCAUGAUACAUUUCUAAAUUUGUGUAUGAUUUGAAUAUAUGAAAGAAUUUAUACAAGAGUGUUAUUUAAAAUUAUUAAUAAAUGUAUAUAAUUUGUACCUAUUGUAGCUGUGUUGUUUUACUUUCUUAUGUGGCUAGAAUUGUUAGAAAUACACACACACACAUAUGGUCAUUUAUUAUCAACUCAUUUCAUGAAAGCCUUCAAAUGCUUUACGUAGUAACCAUACAUUUUAAGUUUAUUUAAAGAAUGUUUCCCACUUGGGGGAAAGAUAUCACUUGAAGAAUAUUCCUUCUCUUCAAACAAACAAAAUUCCCAGAAUAAAACAUUGAUCUGUAUGCUUACUGAUGUUUUUGCCUGUCGCCUAUGAAGUCCAUUGGGAUUUCCAUGAAAAUUUUAUAGAGAAAAAUUAUUUCUUUUGGAUGUUUUCCUCACAUGGAAAUACUCUUUUCUUUAAUAUAAAGCUGGAAGCGAAUCAUGUGCUAUGUGUUUAUUAGGUAAACUAUAGUGAGAGUACGUAUUUUUUAUUUUUUAAAGUAUGCUUUGAAUAUCUUUUAUUUUCAUAAAGCUGUGCAAUAUUUAAUGGAACACCAUCUACAGACUGCAAGGGUUUGGAAAAGAAAAAAAGGCAAGCAUUUCUUUGUGCUAGUAGUAUUGUAAACUUGAAUUGGUUUAUUCAGCUUAAGUUGAUUCAUAUUUAGAUUUUAAAAGAUGGGUUUUUCUUGUCAGGAAUAUAGGUUUUAUAACUUUAUAAUCUUACCUUAUAUAUGUGUACAUGUAGUUCCAUGAUUUAUAUGAAUUGGGUAUUAUCCUAAGGGAACAGAAUUGUGUUAGAAACCAAACAAACUAAAAUUUCAAGAGAAAGUAAAUGCAUAUACAAAAAGAUAAAUGCAUAAACACCAAGAAGAAAAUGUUAAGACCAUCAUUUCUUUCUCUUUUUUUUUUUUUUGUCUUUUUCAUUUUUAUCGGUACUGGGGAUCAAACUCACGACUGCCUACUUGCAAGGCAGGUGCUUAUGCCGCUGAGCUAAAUCCCCAGCCCCCAAGACUAUCAUUUCUUUCACACUUUUGCUCAAGUCUAAGACAUUUACUACAGCAUUAUCAAAAUUGGUUGCAUUAAUUUUCCAUAUAAAACAUGUUUACACAUGCUCUAUUAUAAUUAAAUCAGUGACACUGAAGUAAUCAUUAUGCUUAGUUGUAUUUUUAAAAUGAGUUAAAUUAAAAACAACAAAAUAUGCAUCCAAGACAAGAACUCUUAUCACUGAGCCACAUCUCCAGCCCAACCAAAUGUUUUUCAAGAGAGUACUUCUUGCAAAAUGAAAACCAUGAACAAUGCUCAAUUGAAAAUGUGUUGCUUGAUUGUAUAGGUUUUAAAUUUAAAUUCUAAGGGCCAGGGAUAUAGUUCAGUGGCACAAGUGCCUGCCUGACAAGUGCAAGGUCCUGAGUUUGAUUCCCAGUACCAAAUAAAUAAAUAAAUACAUAAAUAAAUUUUAUAUCUUCAAUUGAACACAUUUCAGUGAAUUGCAAAAAAAAAGGCAAAAUGUUUCUUUGUAUAUAUUAAGAGAAGGUUUGGGUAAUUAAUGAAGUAUCUGAGAGGAAAUCUAUGGUUUCCUUUGUGUUGUCAGACCAACUGCUAAAAUUUGGCAAUAUUGUCUUUUUAAUCUGUGCUCCAAAUAAGGAAGAGUCUCAGCCCUUCUCCAUGUUCAUUUCCAUUCUAAUCUGUAUUAAACUGAUGUAUUAUUUUCUGUUCAUGCUGGGUUUUAUUAAGUCUUUUACCCUUUGGUGAUAUUAUUUCCUCUACCUGUAAAGUUGUUGAAAUUGUUUAUUCAUCCUUUAUAAUCACUUAAGGGAAGUUUAUAAAUCUUUAAUUUGUACCUCCGUUUCUCCUCAUGAAUACCACUGUUUCUGCAUAUAUUUCAUUGUAAAUAGUUUUAAAGAUCUAUCUUUCCCCCAGGAUACUGUAUUCCUGAAGUCAGGAGCAUUUUUGUUUGUAUCUCUGAUAUUGGCCAUAUUGCUGGUAUAUUGUGGAUGGUCAUUAAAUAGUAGUUUAAAAGAAAA